AUGAACGUGGGAACAGCACACAGCGAGGUGAAUCCCAACACCCGUGUCAUGAACAGCCGGGGCAUCUGGUUGUCCUACGUCCUUGGAAUUGGCCUGCUGCACGUCGUGCUCCUGAGCAUCCCCUUCUUCAGCGUCCCUGUGGUUUGGACUCUUACCAACAUCAUUCACAACAUGAGUAUGUACAUCUUCCUACAUACCGUGAAAGGAACUCCUUUUGAGACUCCGGACCAGGGGAAGGCUCGGCUGCUCACACACUGGGAGCAGAUGGACUACGGCGUGCAGUUCACAGCAUCGCGCAAGUUCCUGACCAUCACACCCAUUGUCCUGUAUUUUCUAACCAGCUUUUACACAAAGUAUGACCGGAUACACUUCAUAAUCAACACCAUCUCCCUUAUGAGCGUCCUGAUCCCCAAACUGCCUCAGUUUCAUGGAGUCCGGAUCUUUGGGAUCAACAAGUACUGA